GCAAAGUCCACGCUCGCAACCCUGCGAUUGGCCAGAGGAAAAAGCCCCAGAUCCAGUAAACCGAUGCACACCUGCCGCAAAUGCGCUUUGGAAACCUGAGCCGAAUGCCCAUUCCCUGUACGGAGUGUUGAAGAACGCACGGCUUUGGCACCUGCCGGACAACAGAUCCUGGGCAAAACGCAAACACCGCAGCACUUGACCUUCAACCUGCGCCAAAAUGUCGACAUAUGAGAAAAUCAAAGAUAUUGAGGCCGAGAUGGCUCGGACUCAAAAAAACAAAGCAACCAGUUAUCACCUGGGUAUCCUGAAGGCGAAGCUCGCCAAAUUACGUCGAGAGCUUUUGACGCCGCAGGGGGCCGGCGGUGGCGGUGCUGGAGUGGGAUUCGAUGUUGCAAAGACCGGUGUUGCUCGAGUUGGAUUUGUCGGCUUUCCGUCCGUUGGAAAGUCGACGCUCAUGUCGAAAAUGACUGGAACGCACUCUGAAGUAGGAGCGUACGAAUUCACCACGCUGACGACAGUUCCGGGCGUUAUCGAGUAUAAAGGAGCAAAAAUUCAGAUUCUCGAUUUGCCAGGAAUUAUUGAAGGCGCGAAGGACGGAAAGGGUCGUGGUCGACAGGUCAUCGCUGUAGCACGGACGUGCUCUCUGAUCUUCAUUGUCCUCGAUGUGCUGAAACCGUUGGGAGACAAGAGGCUGAUUGAGAAAGAAUUGGAGGGUUUCGGCAUUCGUUUGAACAAGAAACCGCCAGCAAUCUCUUUCAGGAAGAAGGAGAAGGGAGGAAUCAACAUGACGUCCACUGUGACGUUGACGAACCUUGACCAGGAUCUUGUCAAAGCUAUUCUAUCCGAAUACAAGAUCCAUAACGCAGAUAUCAUGUUCCGAUGCGACGCAACACAGGACGAUCUGAUCGACAUUUUGGAAGGAAACCGUAUCUACAUCCCCGCCAUCUAUGUCCUGAACAAGAUCGACCAGAUUUCCAUCGAAGAGCUGGAUAUCAUCUACAAGAUUCCCCACUCCAUCCCGAUUAGUUCCCACCAUGAAUGGAACUUCGAUGACCUGCUAGAGAAGAUGUGGACCUACUUGGAUCUGGCACGAAUCUACACCAAACCAAAGGGACAGCUUCCCGACUACAGCGCACCUGUCGUCAUGAGGCGGGACAAGUGCACCGUCGAAGAUUUCUGUAAUGCCAUCCACAAGUCCAUCCUGAAGGACUUCAAGAACGCCCUUGUGUGGGGCACAUCCGUCAAGCACAACCCGCAAAAGGUCGGGAAAGAGCAUGUUCUUGGAGAUGAAGAUGUCGUGCAAAUCAUCAAGCGGACUUGAACAGGAGGCAGAAUGCUCGGAGGGUUAUCCCCAGCGUACUUUUGGCUCGCAUUAUCUAUCACCCACCACAUCUUGUUUAUGUAUAUACACCAUUCUCAAGCUUAUGCAUUGUGUACCUAUCGAAUGCUUCCGAAUGUUGACA